AUGCCUCACGGCACCGCUUCUCAAGGUCCACAAAUCCCCAUGGGACCUGCUACCACGGUUCGGAAGCAGAACUCGUCUUGUGACCCGUGUCGGCGUUCGAAAAGACGAUGCGCGUUCCCCGAAGGCGUCCAUCCCGGGUCCCCAAACAGGUGUCUGAACUGCAUGCACCUCGGGCACAAUUGCACGUUUGAUUUUGUCAAUUCCCGACUCAAUCAGAGGAAAAAUAAAAUUAAGCAACCAGCCUCAUAUGGACCGGAACAACCUAUCGCCCCUGCCAUCUCCAGACCCGAGAAGGAGAGCAUUUUUCCUUCGGAUCAGGGGUUUGUGGACUCCAUUCCAGCCACAGGACACAAUGGCUCGUGGAACGGGAUUUCCUCUACCGGUGUUCUUGAUGUUGAUAUGUUUAUGGGAAAUCUCGUGUCGGAGUGGACCAACCUGGACCGUCAGGUCUUUGCCACAGAGACUCCAGCUACAGAGCACUAUCAAAGCAGCACCAGCAGUGGCGCACUAUCACCAAGCACUCAAGACUCGAGGAGCCACUACCAGACGCCAUACAGAGCACCCAAUGACUUUUUAGCUCGAAGAAACUUGUCUCUGGGGCUUUGGCGGGGCAGUCCGAUCCACCUCCUCAACUCCAGUGUUGAGACGCAGCGGAUAAAUCAGAAUCUCCGUGAGGUCUACAAUUCCAUGAUGGCCGGUAUCGCAAUACGGUAUCUAGACUACAACUGUAAUCUAUUCGCUGGGUCAUACAAAUAUUCAUUCGAUGCCGAUCAAUCAAAUCCAUCAACUUUGGACAUCAAUGGUGGUCAAUCUGUGGGCGACAUCCUGACGCCGUCGUGGAAGAAAGCUUCACUAGAAAACAAUGGCUCUCGAAUCCAGGCCAAUAUGGCUCCAGAGAGACUGGCAAGCCAAAUUAACAAGGUUACCAUGCUUGGAGUUGCACGAUUUCUGGACAACUUUGGUGCUUUUUAUGGCAAUGUCGUGGAUCAGAAAACACGCAAUCAGCAUGAGCACACCUUGAUCGCGGUCCUGCAGGCGUUUGCUCUCCAAUUUGCGCCAUCUAGGCCGGCAGACGACCCAUUGACACGGUUGUUCGAAGACACCCAGGGUGGCAACCAGUGCUCGCUAUCAGACCCCAAUCCUGGGGAUCGAAGCACCAAUAGUCAACACGUUUUCACCGCAGCAUGGUUCAAUGCUCACUCUCAUCUGGUUUCGUCAAAGGAAACUCGAUCCUUUGUAAGACUUUACUCAGUAUUCCUCUUUCUGAUGACCAGUGUACCACCGGAAGCAGCGUCCAUUCCCUGCUAUGAAGACACUCCGAUUGGCCUGCUCGAUAACGCUCUGCGCCAGAUGGAGGAGCUACGGGAUCUCGUGGAGGCCUAUUGCAAAAAUCUUAGCCGGCAGUCAAUUUAUCGUUUCCUACUUGAAUCCUCUGUCGGUAUUAUCCGCUGGUAUGGCUAUCUGCGCGAUACCAUAGAUUCCGUGCUUCAUGAGCGACCGUGCAUGUUGGAAGACGCGAUGCCAAGGUCAAAAGAAACCCUCUUGGGUGGGCACUUGGCUCCAGAAUGGCAGCAACCAUCCGUAUUCGAUCAGGAAGUUCCCAAGCAUUGCCAGAAUGCGGCAGGGGAUCUUUUUCGUGUCUUCAGAGGGACCAUUAAUCUCAGACAAGUCCUCUUGACUGGGGACGCUGCGAACAACGUACCCAUGCUGAAGAGUGCGAUUACCUUAGCAAUGGCCAUCAACGACGAAUUUGCGUUGACCUAUGGCUCAUGGCUACGACAGUGCACUAUCUCUCUGUAUUUACUUUCAGAGAAGUCGAAACUGGCCUCAGCGUUUAUGUUGUUGUUUUGGGGCUUAGGCGGUUUAUUACUCGUAGAACAGCUCCAUCAGGCUUCGAACCUACUACCUGCCGCGGAGAGACAGCCCGUCUUGGAAAAAGCACUGUCUUUUCAGCGAGAUGCAGUCACAUCUCUUCUCACAGUAGCACAACGAAUUGUGGACGUAUCGGCAACGGGCGAGUUUAAACUCAUUAACAGUGUCCAGGCAAAGAUGCACUUCAUCUCACACCACGCAAACACGGCCUUGGUGGUCCUAGCCUUGUCAAAAGCAAUAGAGCACACGAUCGAUCUGAAUGUAUCCGCCAGACAGCAAGGCGACCUGGUCUCGACGAUGUUUCCCGACAUGGAUUCAGAUUCGGAGUGGGUUGCGAGGAUGAAACCUUUGCUUACGUGCUUGUUGACUCUCGACUCUACAGUGUCUGGAGCGAUCACCGCGAGAUCAGCGCUGCAGAGGCUGAUGCAGCAGUAUGGUGACAUCUUGAUGGAUUGCUGGUCACAGGAAGACGUGGGCGAACAUACAUGA